AUGGUUACAUUUUUGCUUGUUUGGAUGCUAGAUGACAAGUUUGGAGUUUGCUCCGUCGAAGAGAACCAAGAAGGCAGCGGCGGAGAAAUGGAUAUCAUGGAGCUCGAUCCAUGCACCGAGGACCAAGAGCUGAAACACCAUCUCCUCAAGAAGUAUGGUGGAUACCUGAGCAGCCUGAAACAAGAGCUUUCCAAGAAAAAGAAGAAAGGGAAGCUUCCCAAGGACGCUCGACAGCAGCUGCUCAACUGGUGGGAGUUGCAUUAUAAAUGGCCGUAUCCCUCGGAGGCGCAGAAGGCGGCAUUGGCAGAAUCCACCGGACUCGACAUGAAGCAGAUCAACAACUGGUUCAUAAACCAAAGGAAACGCCACUGGAAACCAUCAGAGGACAUGCAGUUCGUCAUGAUGGAUGGGUACCAUGCCCCAAAUGCUGCUGCUCUCUACAUGGACGGCCACUUCAUGAGCGAAGGUCUGUAUCGCUUCGGUCCCUGA